UGAAUGGAGGAGAGAAUAAGAGAACAAUAAAUAUAACAAAUGUCGAUGAUAUAGUUUGUGGUCAGAGUAAGAUGAAUGGUUUCGCUGGAGUGGAACACCAAAAAGUCUCCCCUUUUGUCUUGUUUUGUUCUGUUUUUGUUUUUUGUUUUAACUCCUUGUCCCCAUUUGACUCUCUUCUCCCCUCCCUCCCCCUUCUCACGAUCACUGUCACCAGCAGCAGCCGCAGCAUCAGUGCGGGACCUUACAAAGGUUUUUUUGUUGAAGCACAGAACGGCCCUUUUGCCUGAUGUGACUCGGGACGUAACCUUUUGUGUUGACACACAGAAAUGGCCCAGUGACCUGAAAUGACCCGAGGCUAGGUCGAAGACUGAAAGCAGAAACAAUUAUGAACAAACGUGCAGAGAGGCAGAUAAUGGAACAAGACAGUCUGAAGGUGUUCGCCUCCCGACCCACCACCGACCACGGCCCUCACCUGUGUGUUGCGGUGCUUCCCUUGUGAGCCGACCUGGGCUGGCAGUCCCUUUUUGCACCGCCCGCCAACUCCGCCCAUGGUCAGAAUGACGCGCUCCAAGACGUUCCAGGCAUAUCUGCCGACCUGUCACCGGACCUACAGCUGCAUUCACUGCCGAGCUCACCUGGCCAAUCACGAUGAGCUCAUCUCUAAGUCAUUCCAAGGAAGCCAGGGACGGGCCUAUCUCUUCAACUCUGUGGUGAACGUUGGGUGUGGUCCUGCAGAGGAGAGAGUUUUGCUCACAGGCCUGCAUGCCGUGGCAGAUAUCUAUUGUGAGAACUGCAAGACAACCCUGGGCUGGAAAUAUGAACAUGCCUUUGAGAGCAGUCAGAAGUACAAGGAAGGCAAGUUCAUCAUCGAGCUGGCCCACAUGAUCAAGGACAACGGCUGGGACUGAGGGCCAAAGAGCUGAUAAAUUAAGACCACUGCAGUGGAGAAGAAGAGGAGGAGGAGGGGCCUGGGUGGCAGGAUGUAUUUGAUGGACACAUGGUUGGGAGAAGGUGAAGGAGCAGGGGUUGGAGUGCGUGUGUUGGGUGAGUGUGUGACUUUGGUUUGGCUGAUUUACCAUUAACCUUUGUAACAUCCCUUCCCCACCAUGACUCUUGAUAUAGACACACAUCCAAACCACGUCAAGGGCCCAGACAUCCCAGCUUGACAGAGAUACAGACUUGUAGGAAGCGAGAUUGACAGGCGACCGGCGUGACGGUAGUAUCUCUUAAAACAUGAUAUAACAACUCCUUGAUUGUGAUAACACUCUUCCUACUUUACUAGGAAAAAUGUGAAGUAUUCUACUUUGAACCUGUUGAUUCCGAGGAAGGUCAAGGGUUUUCACUAGAAAAAGUCACAGUGGACACAGACCUGUAGGGUUUGUUACUGGCCCUAAAAGAAGAGCUCACAGAUGUGCUGGUCAGGGGCAGUGGUGGCUUUGUGGUUAAGGAAGGAAGAAGACUUGGGUCUGGAAGGUUUCAGGUUCGAAUCCACCACCUGCCAAGUUACCACUGAGGCGCACUGAGCCUGGCACUGUCCCUGCACACUGCUCCGGGCACUUAAAGCUGCCUACUGUUGACUUUUCCUUAAAACUAACAGCCAGCUGGGCCUAUGAUAGCGUCCUGUGUCACUGGAGAUUGACACAGAGGUUCCAGAAUGUGGGCGUUGGAUUGGCUAAGGCUUACUCAGCUGAAAGCCGAGGAAGGAGAAGAAGAUCAUCAUCAAGGUAAUGCAGUGGCUUAUAUGUUCCUCUGAGUGGGAUCCACUCCAUGACUUGAUAGUGAUGUGGCUGAAGAGAAGCAGACGGCGAACAAAACCUCGCAGGAAUCUGCAGUAGAGCAGCUACUGCGGUGUUGAUUCAUCGUUUGAUACACAGUCACGUCACGUAAAGUGAUCCGCUGAGCCCACCCCCACCCGUAGAUCAGGUCAGAUUUGUUCAAAUGUCUCUGACUAAGAACUUUGGCCGAGACAGUUGUAGGUUCGCCAGCACUGUGAGCAGUUCUCUCUGCUGAUGUAGGUCAGCGAGCAUAAGUGACGGAGCUCUUAGAAGGCUUAGGAGGGGGCCAUGUAGGAAAAUCCUCCAGACACAAACACAGCAGCUGUUUCUGAGAAACAGAAUGACAAAUGCAUGUCUGCUUUCAGACAAGCAAGACGUGUCGUGCAGGUGCACAUUUAUCAAAGGGCAACUUUUUUGAGGCUCUCUUUCAGUCUGGGAUGACUGCUGUUUCACUAGUGGCACUUCCGUCACUUACAAACACAACCCAACGUUUGAAAAUGCGCCACUAGGGCGUUCGGUAUCUUCAUAUUCUCCUGCAUCUAAUGUACAUGUAAUAAUUACUUAUCUUGCCUCAAUUUGAAGUGUUGUCUAGUUUUCCCCACCUUAGCCCAUAAUACCUGAGGGAAAUGUUGCAUUGCUCACGUGCAUUGCUGCUAACUUCAACGUAUUCAGUGUCACAUGCCCAGUUGUCGGACGGAAAUGUAUUGUUUUCACCAAUCAAUUUUAUCACAUCCACCGCCAUGUAAUCCCUUGCAUAUGCAAGUCAAAGUGUAGCAUGAUCGGAAACUAUGGUUAUUAUUAUUAGUAUUGUUUUGUGUCAUUUAAACCUUCAGCUGUAAUAAAACACAAGUGGUUCCAUUCCAGACAAUUUGAGCAGCGGGAUAAAAAAAAAAAAAAUCUCAUCCUGGUUUUGAAAAGCUAAACGAGUUGCCCUGUCACAUUUGCCGACUCUGCUGUAAUUGUGGACAUUGCUUUAAAACCUUUCCCUGUACUUAUCCAAUGCUGUUAACUCCAUCCUAAGCAGCUAGCAGUUCGGUAAUACUCAGCAGCUGACUGCUCAGUCUGAGGCUGCCACAUUUAACCCAGCACAACCAAAGAACCCACCCAUCAUCAAUAAGUUGACCAAACAAUAGAUCUCUUUUUGCUUGGGGCAGUGUCGCAGAACAAGGGUGUGUUUGACUCUGUGUGUGUGUUUGUGUGCUGAAGGCCAAGACUGUGGUUUGGCCUUUCCCUGUGAUAUAUAUAUAUAUUAUAUUAUUGCAUUUUGAUUUUGUAAACAAAAUAAAUCUUAAUAUAUGAAUAAAUUCUAUUGACUCUGCGUUACAGACUGUAUAUAGUUUUAAUGUGUUGUGUUUCCUCCAUGAUCCCUAUAAUAAUGAUGAUGAUGAUGAAUGAAUAUGAUUUUGGUCAUGUCAUGCUUUCUCUCUAGUCUCCCACAUUGGCUGUACAAUAUGACUUUUUUUACCGAAAAAAAUGUUUCAAUUUUAAUGUCUUUUGUAAAAAGGAGGAUGAAAUGAUGUUGACUACAUAUCAUUGGAUAUUCAUCUAUUAAAAAGCACCUUGAAAUCCUU